AUGGUGCUUGGGCUUGGUGCAAGUGACAGCCUGAGCAGGACUGAGAACGACACGACUACAGAGACAAAACCAGAAGCUGUGUGCCUUGCCUUGUCCAUCAACAACGAGAACGAGAAGGCAUCGCUUGGCCCGCAGUUUGCAGGUACCACUCAUGGGGAAUCCGAGCUCAGUGUGCUGAUUAACAAGAUUGUAACGGAUCUCUACACCAAGCACCACGCUCGGCUCAGGCAUUCCAAGUACCUGACACAGGAUCACUUCGUGGAACAAUACAGUGCUGCUAUCCACAACAAAGGCAACGCGCAUGAUGUGUUUGGCUUCAUUGAUGGUACAAUGUACUGGAUAUGUCGCCCAAGCAUCCACCAAUCAGCAGCAUACACUGGGUACAAAAGAGCACACGUAUUGAAGUAUCAGGGAGUAUCAUUACCAAAUGGUAUGAUAGCAAGUGCUACGGGGCCAUACCCGGGUCGCUGGCAUGACUCCAGGUGCUUUUACUCUUCUGGUGUCGCCAACUGGAUCGAUGGCAUUGUUCCAGGAAUGCGUCUCGGCGGGGACAACGCAUAUGCAACGAGUCAUCGCGUAAUUGUAGUCAACAAUCACCCAGAGCUCAAGCGAGUUCGUGUUGCGGUGGAGUGGGGUUUUGGAAACGUCGCCAAUCACUGGCGAUUCCUGCGAUUCAGCUCAAACCUGAGGGUUGGGCUGAGCCCCGUCGGGAAGUAUAUUGCUUUGGGGUUUCUCUUGACAAACUGCCACGUGUGCUUGUAUGGAUGCGAAGCGAGCACAUAUUUUCACGUGUCUCCACCGCGACUUGAGUCAUACUUGUUCUCACCAUAG